AACGACAUGAAUUGUUGAUGUUGACGAAAAUAAGUGUUGCAGCUCACGAACGGGAAACAGGCUUUCAUCAUGGAUUGAGAUGUGAAGAAAACGAGAACGAGAUGCUGUAUUUCAAUCAGAACGCGUUCUGGAUUAAACGCACAAUGCCUACGUGACUCCUCUGACGCUCAAUCUACUUGACAACUUGCCAUCAUUCACGAAUUAUUUCGCCCGUAAUUUCUCGGCUCUCUUCUCACGGUUACCAAUUAUUUCCAUUGUCACAGGCCAGAGCGUGGUUAUCUAAAACAUCAAUUGUUGUACAUUUAGCUGAGCUUCUCGCGCUGCUCUAGUAGAGGCUUGUAGAUUCAGAACGAUGAGUUUGUAAUUUUUUUGGUUUCAGAUUUUUUUAAUCGAUAAGGAAAUUCCAUUUGUAACCUAUUUGAUUUGUUGACAUUCGCGUCUAAGUUCAGCAAAAGAAUGGCGACCGUUCCGAUCAACGUGACGAGUUUCAACCGGAAUGCCGGUCAAGCACCGGUUGGGUCUAUAUUCGGUGCAGGCGCCAGACCAGACCAGAUAGGUCCACAGCUCCCGAGUGCAGUGACGGCGGCGGAGCUGGCAAAUGCUCAGAGUAUUUUUUGAUUUUGAUUUUUACGUUUUGAUAAUUUUCGAUCUAAGGUAGCCCAGGCAGAACAAUUGUGAUUUAGAUUCAAACUCUUCAAUCGAGAAAAUUUUCUUCUUAGAAGCAAGGCAAGCUUCCUUUCCGCUAUCCCCGAAACUUGGAGUAAACCCAUCCAACCUUCACAAACUCGCAUCACAGAGGACAAAGGCAAGAAGGCCAACAAGAAAAACCUCCGCUACGCUGCCGGAGACUAUUGGGUAGACGGUUCUCUAGAUGAUUGGCCAGAAAAUGACUUUAGGGUAUUCUGCGGAGACCUAGGAAACGAAGUAACCGACGACCUCCUAGCCAACGCUUUUAGAAAAUACAAGAGCUUUCAGAAAGCGAAAGUGAUUAGGAAUAAGAGGACAGGUAAUUUUUAUGGUAUCUAUCACUUUUAUACAGAUGUUUCAUAUAAUUCAUUUCUCGAUGGAGUUGAAUUCUAGAACCAGAUUUUUCACCACCAAGAUACGAAAACAUGUUUAUUGCUGCAGCCUACUUCCAAUCGAUCCUACAAGAAUGAAUGUAUGAAUUACUCGUCCUCUUCAUCAGAUACACUGACACCAACUCCAACCUAUCGUCCCUCACGACCUCCAGGUAAGACCCGUGGUUAUGGUUUCGUUAGCUUCCAGCACCCAGAAGACAUGGUUUCUGCCCUAAAAGAGAUCCAUGGGAAGUAUGUCGGGAAUCGACCCAUCACCCUUCGCAAGUCCAACUGGGAGAAGCGCAAUGCAGGUAGCGAGCAUCAGAAGAAGAAACUCGAAUACGAGAGUCUAGGAGUGCAGAAGAACAAGACUCUGACCAAGUUCAAGAAGCUGGCAACGCAUAAGCCAAAGCACGACAAAGUAGCGAAAAACGACAAAUCGCGGAAUCAGUCCUCGAGUCAUACCAAAAACUUCGGAAUGGGUGUCGGACCGGGAGUACCAAUAAGCAGUGCGCUCGCAGCUAGAGGAAUCGGACCACCAGCGACUGGAGGACCGAUGAUGCCAGCGCCGAGGUAGCAGGAAAUUAUUCCUGAUGUUGAUGCGGAGAGGGCGUGUGGGCAGUCGUUUCUCACGUUCUACUGCCUCAUUAUACAUUGGUACACUCCUAUUGUAGUUCCCACAUGAUGAUGCAUAGAAAUUGAAGGAACCACAAUGCUGGACACGAGCAGUCCCUACUUCUACGCGCGAACCCUAAACCUUCUAGACCCUUCCACACAGACUCAAUCAUCAUCAUCAUCAUCAUCAUCACAUGCUAGCCUGUUUAAGAGCAAGAGUUCUUC